AGAUUGAAUAUUAAUUAAAAAACGUACUUAUAUAGGUACAACAAUUUAUUUUCUAAAUAAGAACACCCUGAUGACGUAAGAGACACCCCCAGUCCUUUUGCAGUGGUGACCUUGUUGGAAGCUUGCAAGAUCAGAUUACAGUAAUGGCUCCUCCAGGAUAUUCUGACCUUGGAAAAUCAGCAAGGGAUCUCUUCUCUAAAGGCUUUAACUAUGGGUUCUGGAAGCUGGAGGCCAAGACCAAGACCGACAGUGGUGUCCAGUUCACAACCAGUGGCAGCUCCAGUAGUGACACAGGCAAAGUUAGUGGCAGUUUAGAGACCAAAUACAAGUGGAAUGAGUAUGGUCUGACAUUCACUGAGAAAUGGGACACAGACAAUGUACUGAAGACUGAGAUUACGAUAGAAGACCAGAUAGCUCAGGGUUUGAAGCUUGCGUUUGACACAUCCUUUGCUCCACAAACAGGGAAGAAGAGUGGUAAAAUAAAGACUGGCUACAAGAUGGACUACCUGAAUUUAAACUGUGAUGUAGACUUUGACUUUGCUGGUCCUGCCAUUCAUGGAGCUGCUGUGCUAGGCUACCAAGGAUGGCUUGCUGGAUACCAAAUGUCCUUUGACACUGCCAAGUCUAAACUGACUAAGAGCAACUUUGCUGUUGGCUACUCAGCUGGAGACUUCACCCUUCAUACAAACAUCAAUGAUGGCCAGGAAUUUGCCGGGUCCAUAUACCAGCGUGUGAAUGAUGACCUCGAAACUGGUGUAAAUCUGUCCUGGACAUCGGGAACCAAUGCCACAAGAUUUGCUCUUGGAGCUAAAUAUACUCUUGACAAGAACUCAUCUCUUAAUGCUAAAGUAAAUAAUUCCAGUCAGAUUGGUCUAGGCUACUCUCAGAAACUUAGGGAUGGUGUGAAGCUGACCGUUUCCUCUUUAAUAGAAGGCAAGAACUUCAAUGCUGGAGGCCACAAACUCGGUCUUGGCCUUGACCUCGAGGCAUAGCAUCUCCACCCAGACUGCCUUGUAUAGAAGAAAGCUCUUCUUGCACCUUACACCAGAGACAAUUGAGCUAAUUCGUUUGUGGAGCAUGUUCCGUCGCCAUCAGCUUUUCCAAGUAUUUCUAGGAUUAUGGAUCUUGACCAGAAAACUUGUUUUGAAUCUCCCAGUUUUCUGUCAGAAAGAUUGUUCGUGUGAGACUGAACGAAGUGCGAAUAGUCAGUACACUUGGUCUGUAGUUAGUUGAUGUUUGUGAAUAUUAUAUAUCAUGAAUAAAACAUGCAGUAAGUCUCGAAUCUCGAACUACUCCCACUACCAGACUUUAUUUCCCUUAAAUGCUGUGUCCAUAGAAAACAACCUGGGAUAUAUUGUGAAAAUUCAUGUAUACAAGAAUAAAAGAUUUAUUAUAUACACUC